AUAAACAAGCAAAAUUAAACCCCUAACUUCUCUUCUCCCCUGCCGUUUCUGGCCUUCCCUUCUCCUUUCCUUUACUGCCGUUUCUCUCUCUCUCUCUAACCUACUGUUCUUCCCCUUCCUCCCCACACGGUGGUGGUCACGCCGGAGCCAGGAGUCGCUCGAAGAUCUCCGUUGUAGGUACUGUGUACCUAUCACUGGUGCUUCAUUGAGAUCUCAUGACGUCCAACGUGGUGAGCACGGAUGUCUUUCGGGAAUUCCAAUCCCAAAUUGACGGCCAGAUUCAAUCUCAUACGGCUGCCAUGCAGCAGAUAAACCAAGCCAUGCAGCAGCUUCAACGGGAUUUGAAGACGUUGUUGACAGAGAAGCGGCUGUACGAAGGGCCUCAUCUGCGGCGGGAUACGCCUGAUGGUUUUGUCGGGCCGGCUAAUUCCAUGACAAAGCUCAAGCUUGAUAUGCCCAAGUGCGACGGGACGGAUCCUUUGGGUUGGCUAUUCAAGGUACAUGAAUAUUUCAGUUUUUAUGCCGUUCCAGAGGAAUCCCGCUUGUCGGCAGUCUGCUUGAUGUUGGAGGGGCAGGCGUUGGACUGGUUUCGUUGGCGACAACGGAACAACUUGCUUUCAUCGUGGACAGAGUUUGUUACAUCUUUCAAGUUACGGUUUGAUCCCUUGAAUUAUGUGGACUAUUUCGGCUUACUAUCUAAGGUUCGCCAAACAGGGACCGUACUUGAAUAUCAACAGGCUUUUGAGAAGAUUUUGGUGAAUGUGACGGGGGUCGAAGAAUCCAAUUUACAGUCUCUUUUUCAUGCCGGGUUAAAGACGCAUCUCCAACACGAAUUGAUGCUCCUCAAACCCUCGUCUUUAUCGGAGUCAUUUGCCCUCGCUCGGGAACUGGAGACCAAGCACGCCGCCUGGGCUACAUCUCUCGGGUCACGUCCUCGGCCGACAUUGGGGCCCUUCAACAAGACCCCUGCGCAGCCACUGCUGCCGUUACCGGGAGCGCAGCAGCCGGAGGAUAAAACGGCCACCACCCCGCCGAUUCAGCGGCUCACUUACGCCGAAAAAAAAGAACGUGACGCGAAAGGCCUUUGCUAUAAUUGUGAUGAGAAAUGGUCUAAGUGUCACCGGUGUGGCCGUUUCUUAUUGUUGCUUGAGGAUGAUGAGGAGGAUCUCUCGCCAGGGGCUGUGGAUGAAACUUUACUUGUGGCCGACGUUUCAACUUUGAACAGUAUGGCCGGUGUCACGGCACCCCGUUCGUUGCGUUUAUCUGGAAUGAUUGCGGGUGGCGUCGUCGAUGUCCUUAUUGAUAGCGGGAGCACCCACAAUUUUGUCCACCCGCGGGUGGUGGAGCGCUUGCAAUUGCCGGUCGACAAAGUGACCGCUUUUCGUGUUUAUGUGGGAAAUGGUGCUUCUCUUUUAUGUGAUGCACAGUGUAAAGAUGUUGAAUUACUCUUGCAGGGGGUUUCCUUCUCAGUUGAUGUCUUUGUCCUUCCUAUCCAUGGGCCGGACGUGGUUUUGGGCGUUCAAUGGUUACGGUUAUUAGGGAAAGUCACGCACGAUUAUGCCAACUUGACUAUGGAUUUUUGUUGGAAAGGAUCGCAGCGUAGUUUGAGGGAACUGUUGCAGCAAGUUAUUCAAACCCCUGAUCAACAGUUUUAUAUCCGCAAACUCAUGGGGUAUCGUUUUCGCAUCGAAUACAAACCGGGCCGAACUAACGUGGUGGCAGACGCGUUAUCGCGGCAGCACCUGGAGCAUGGUACUUCGUAUGAGGUUUCAACAGUUGGGGCAGUUCAACUUUUUAAUUUUUCACAGCCACUGCUAGAAAUUCUCGCUCGCAUUCGGGCAGAAAAUGAAACAGAGCCGGAUCUGGUGCGCUUGCAUGAACUCCACCGGCAAGGAUCCCUGCCAGCCCCCUUCUCGGUCAUGGAUGGUAUUCUUUUUUAUCAAACCCGGAUGUGUGUGGGUGCGGCGUCCUCCCUACGUAUGGAACUUUUACGGGAGUACCAUGAUUCGCCUAUUGCUGGUCAUACGGGUGUUCAUCGUACCUUCACUCGCUUGGCCGCGACUUUUUAUUGGCCUUCCAUGUGCAAGGAUGUUCGCUCUUAUGUGGGCCGUUGCGAGAUGGUAGACCUUCUUCUACGGCAGUUUCCAUCCAUGCAGUGCGCACAGUGCUUCGGAAUGGGUCACCUGAGGAACAAUAUUUAGUAAGUUGGAGUGAUGGUACGCUUGAUGACGCGACGUGGGAGCCCGCUUCGAGUAUUCGCCAACACUUUCCGCAGCUUCACCUUGAGGACAAGGUGCUUCUUGAAGGGCGGGGGAGUGUUACGGG